AUAAACCAUGCACAAAUCUGCCAAAAAGCCACCAAAUCGUCAUGAUUUGCCAAAGUUGGUUGAAAAGGUGCCAGAUGAACACAAGGAUUAUGUCAAGGAUCUAUGCCUGCGAAUGUUGCAGCAUCCAGCCUAUGGGCAACCCUACGAAUGGACGACGCGGGAUUUCGAGAUGGGCGCUCCUUUAGGUAGAGGUAAAUUCGGUCGUGUCUAUUUGGCUCGUGAACGCCAUACCCAUUUUAUGGUGGCCAUGAAGGUGUUGUUUAAGGCCGAGCUGCAAAAAGGUAACGUCCAACGGCAGGUGUUGAGAGAAAUUGAAAUUCAAUCGCGUCUCAAACAUCCACAUAUUUUACGUUUACUCACAUGGUUUCAUGAUGAUUCUCGUAUCUAUUUGGCUCUGGAGCUUGCAUCACAGGGUGAAUUGUUUAAAAUAUUAAGGCGUUCGCCAAAUUGUCGUUUCGAUGAACCACGGGCGGCAAAAUAUACAUAUCAAGUGGCCGAUGCCCUGCACUAUUGUCAUUUGAAUAAUGUCAUACAUCGUGAUUUGAAGCCAGAAAAUAUUCUUCUCACAGCUGCGGAUGAUGUUAAAUUGGCUGAUUUCGGUUGGUCCGCUCAUACCAUUUCAAAUAAGCGCAAAACCCUUUGCGGCACCUUGGAUUAUCUACCCCCCGAAAUGGUUGAGGGCCAUACCUAUGACGAUUCUGUGGAUCAAUGGUGUUUGGGUAUUUUAUGUUAUGAAUUCUUAACGGGUGGACCACCAUUCGAAUCCAAUGAUACAGAUAUGACCUAUGAUAAAAUUCGUCGCUUAGCCGUCCACUAUCCACCAUAUCUAUCGGUGGGUGCCAAAGAUGUAAUCUCGAAUUUGUUGCGUAAAAGUGGCAGUUCCCGUAUAACAUUAGUUGAUGUCAUGCAACAUCCAUGGGUUAAGAAAUGCAUGGAAAAACGUAAUAAACAAUUGCUGGAAUUGGAAAAGCAACAGCAGCCUGCUUAA